GCAGUGGGAGCCAAAGGGCCCAUAAGAUGGGAAAAGCAAAAUUCAGCAAGUUGGAGAUCGUUCUGAGUGCCCUCUUCUGCGCGGUGGUGGUGGUGGCGUGUGUCCUCAUCGGGGUGCUGGCAACCAAAAGGAGCGAAGCCAGCAGCGUGAGCAAAGAAUUCUCCCCAAGUUGCCCCAGCGUGGAAGCAGCGGAGCGGAUCGAUUGCAUUCCAGACCAGGUGGCCACCAAGAACCUCUGCAACCUCCGUGGGUGCUGCUGGAGCCCCCAGAUCGGCACCAGCACCCCCUGGUGCUUCUUCUCCUCCAACCAUGGCUAUAGGGUGGACGGAGAGCUGCGGACGACGCAGCAAGGAUUUCAAGCAACUCUGAAACGUUUCUCCUCACCUUCGCUUUUCGGGGACGACAUCAACACCGUCCUCCUCACUGCAGAAUACCAGACACAAAAUCGCUUCCAUUUCAAGCUGACGGAUCCGGCAGCAAAUCGGUUCGAAGUCCCCCAUGAACACAUCGGUCCCUUCAGUGGUUCGGCGGCCUCCAACUUAAAAUACUCAGUCAACGUUCAACAGAAUCCCUUUGGCAUCAGAGUGACCAGAGUCAGCACCGGGAAAGUGCUGUUCGACACCACAGUGGGGCCGCUGCUCUUCGCCCAGCAGUUCCUGCAGCUCUCCAUCCGCCUGCCCAGCGGGAACAUCUACGGCAUCGGGGAGCACGUCCACAAACGCUUCCGCCACGACCUCAACUGGAGGACAUGGCCCAUGCUGAGCCGCGACACAGCGCCCUCCGGGAACGUGGAGAACCUCUACGGCGUUCAGACCUUCUUCCUGUGCCUGGAGGACUCCUCAGGGGCCUCGCUGGGUGUUUUCCUGCUCAACAGCAAUCCUAUGGAGUUCGUCGUGCAGCCCACCCCGGCCGUCACCUACCGCACCAUUGGGGGGAUUCUGGAUUUUUAUGUCCUUCUGGGUGACACCCCCGAGCAGGUGGUGCAGGAAUACGUCAAGCUGGUGGGGAUGCCGGUGAUGCCGUCCUAUUGGUCGCUGGGCUUCCAGCUCAGCCGCUACGAUUACGGCUCCCUGGCGGAGGUGAAGGCGGUGGUGGAGCGGAACCGGGCUGUCGGGCUGCCCUACGACGUGCAGUGCAUCGACAUUGACUGCAUGGAUGGGAAGAAGGAUUUCACGUACGACAAAGUGAAGUUCCAGGAUCUGCCCAACUUCCAGAGCUAUUUGCACGCGCACGGGCAGAAAUACGUCAUCAUCCUGGACGCUGCCAUCAGCAUGGAACCCCUCUCGGAUGGGUCACCCUAUGAGACCUACGAGAGAGGACAGAGCCAGAAUAUUUGGGUCAACGCAUCGGACGGUGUCACACCGCUGGUGGGGCAGGUGUGGCCGGGCCACACGGUGUUCCCCGACUUCACGAGCCCUGCGUGCCGCCGUUGGUGGAUAGAGGAGUGCAGCACCUUCUACCGCAGCGUCCCCUUCGAUGGCAUUUGGAUCGACAUGAAUGAACCCGCGAGCUUCGUGGCCGGAUCCCGCAACGGCUGUGAGCAGAACGAGUGGAACUUCCCCCCCUACACACCACACGUGGUGGAGAGGCUGCUGUUCUCCAAGACGCUGUGCAUGGAUGCAGUGCAGCAGUGGGGCCGUCAGUACGACGUCCACAACCUCUAUGGGUACUCCAUGAUCCUCUCCACGCAGCAGGCCAUCGAAACUUUGUUUCCUGGCAAACGAAGUUUCCUCCUCUCGAGGUCGACGUUUGUGGGGUCGGGGAAGUACUCGGGGCAUUGGCUGGGGGACAACACGGCGUCGUGGGAUCAGCUGAAGUGGUCGAUCCCAGGAAUGCUGGAAUUCGGGCUCUUUGGGAUCCCCUAUGUCGGCGCUGACAUCUGUGGGUUCUUUGAGAACACGACGGAGGAGCUGUGCCGGCGCUGGAUGCAGGUGGGGGCAUUUUACCCCUUCUCCCGGAACCACAACACCGAACUCUGCUCCCCCCAGGAUCCUGCCUACUUCGGCGCCGACUCCAUUUUGGUGUCGUCCUCCAUCCAUUACCUGAAUAUCCGCUACACGCUGCUGCCGUACCUCUACACCCUCUUCUACAAAGCACACACGCAGGGGGACACGGUGGCACGGCCCCUCGUGCACGAGUUUUACUCAGAUGAAGCCACGUGGGACAUAGACCAGCAGUUCCUGUGGGGCCCCGCGUUGCUCAUCACCCCGGUGAUGGACCCGGGGGUGGAGGUGAUCCAAGCGUACAUCCCGGAUGCUGUGUGGUAUGAUUAUGAAACAGGAGCCAGGAUCUCGUUCCGCAGGCAGAGUGCAGAGCUGUACCUCCCCGCUGACAAAAUGGGGCUGCACCUGAGGGGGGGCUACGUGGUGCCCACCCAGCGCCCCAACACCACCACUGUCUCCAGCCGAAGGAACGCACUGGGGCUGAUUGUGGCCCUGGACGACAGCGGGGCAGCAGCGGGAGAGCUUUUCUGGGACGACGGCGAAUCCACGGGUACAAUUGAGGGAGGAAUUUACGUCCACUACGACUUCAGAGUUUCCAAUAAUGAGCUCCACAUGAACGUCACCAACAGCGGCUACAGCGACCCCAACCAGCUGAGGUUUGAGGAGAUCCGCAUCCUGGGGCUGCAGCAGGAGCUGACGGAGCUGACGGUGCUGCAGAACAACGUCGUGCUGAGCUCCUCUCACAACAUCACCUACAAACCCACCGAAAAGGUGGCGCUGAUCACGGGGCUGCAGCUGGCGCUGGGCUCUGCCUACACGCUGCGCUGGGUGCUGAGCUCCAGCACCGCCCAGAGGUUCGACUGCCACCCCGAGAGCGGAGCAACGCGGGAGGCGUGUGAGCAGCGCGGCUGUGUAUGGGAGGAGAACACAUCCCCACUGGACAUCCCCUACUGCUACUACAGCAGCGCCGACAACAACUACUCGGUGUCGGAGCUGCGCUACACCCCCUGGGGGCUGGAGGCCAACGUCACCCUCAGCACCGCCAGCACUGGGGGCACCCAGAGGUCCACCACCCCCAUUGGCACCCUGCGCCUCCAGGUCAUCCACCACAGCGACCACCUCCUGCAGUUCAAGAUUGAUGACUACGCCAAUAAACGCUACGAGGUGCCGGUGCCACUCAACCUCCCCAGCACUCCCACGAGCUCCAUUGAGCGCCGCCUCUACGACGUCAGCGUUCAGACCAAACCCUUUGGGAUCCAGAUCCGCCGCAGGAGCACCGGGACCGUCAUCUGGGAUUCGCAGCUGCCCACCUUCACCUUCAGCGAUAUGUUCAUCCAGAUCUCCACCCGCCUGCCCUCUCCAUACCUCUAUGGCUUCGGUGAGACCGAGCACACGCAGUACCACCGCGACAUGAACUGGCACACGUGGGGCAUGUUCAGCCGGGACCAACCCCCCGGGUACAAGCUGAAUUCGUACGGUGUCCAGCCAUUCUACAUGGGUCUGGAAGAAGAUGGCAACGCCCAUGGAGUCCUCUUGCUCAACAGCAAUGGAAUGGAUGUAACGUUCCAGCCCACGCCAGCUCUCACCUACCGCACAAUUGGGGGGAUUUUGGACUUCUAUGUCGUUCUGGGUCCGACACCAGAGGUCGUCGUUCAGCAAUACACUGAGCUGGUGGGGCGGCCGGUGAUGCCGCCCUACUGGGCGCUGGGAUUCCAGCUGUGCCGUUAUGGUUAUGAGAACGACACCGAAAUCGCCCAGCUGGUGGAGGGCAUGAAGGCAGCCCGAAUACCCUACGACGUGCAGUACACGGACAUCGAUUACCUGGAGCGCCAGCUGGACUUCAAGCUGAGCCCGCGCUUCUCCGGUCUACCGGAGCUCAUCAAUAAAAUCCGUGCAGAAGGGAUGAGAUACAUCCCCAUCCUGGACCCGGCCAUAUCGGCAAACGAAACCGAUUACCUCGCCUUCACGAGGGGAAGGGAGAAGGAUGUCUUCAUCAAGUGGCCCAACUCUGAGGACAUCAUCCUUGGGAAGGUCUGGCCGGAUUAUCCCAACGUAGUGGUCAAUGACUCCGUUGACUGGGACACCGGAGUGGAGCUCUACCGUGCAUACACGGCAUUCCCCGACUUCUUCCGCAACUCCACGGUGGAGUGGUGGAGCACAGAACUGCAGGAGGUCUACGAGAACCCCCGCAACGCCUCCCUCAGCCUCAAAUAUGACGGCAUCUGGAUCGACAUGAAUGAACCCUCCAGCUUCGUUCAUGGGGCGGUUUGGGGCUGCAGAAAUCAAGAGCUCAAUCAUCCCCCAUACGUGCCCCAAUUGGGGUGGCGAGAAGAGGGCCUGGCCUACAAAACCCUCUGCAUGGAGGGCGUCCACAUCCUGGCGGAUGGCACCGAGCUGCGCCACUACGAUGUCCACAACCUCUACGGGUGGUCCCAGACCAAACCCACCCUGGAUGCGCUGCGGAGGAUCACGAAGGAGCGGGGCAUCGUCAUCACGCGCUCCACCUACCCCACCAGUGGGCAGUGGGCAGGACAUUGGCUGGGGGACAACACGGCUGCGUGGGACCAGAUGACAAAAUCCAUCAUUGGUAUGAUGGAGUUCAGCCUCUUCGGAGUAUCCUACACCGGAGCAGACAUCUGUGGGUUUUUCUCAGACUCGGAAUAUGAGCUGUGCGCUCGCUGGAUGGAGCUGGGAGCCUUCUACCCAUUCUCAAGGAACCACAACGGGAAAGGCGCCAAGAGGCAAGACCCCGUGGCGUGGAACUCCACGUUUGAGGAUAUCUCCAGGGAUGUGCUGAACAUCCGCUACACGCUGCUGCCCUACCUCUACACGCUGAUGUACGACGCCUCCGCCCACGGCAGCACAGUUGUGCGCCCGCUGCUCCACGAGUUUGUGGAAGACAGAACGACGUGGGAAAUAUAUAGGCAGUUUCUCUGGGGCCCAGCAUUGCUCAUCAGCCCCGUGCUGGACCAGGGCGCCGUGUCGGUGAACGCGUACCUCCCGAACGCCCGCUGGUAUGAUUACCACACAGGUGAAUACGUCGGCUUCCGGGGUGAAUUCAGGAACCUGCCCUCUCCUUUGGAGCACAUCAACCUCCACGUCCGCGGCGGUUACAUCCUCCCCCAGCAGACCCCCGCCAACACCACCGCCUACAGCCGAAAGAACCCAUUGGCACUUCUGGUGGCACUGAAUGACAGCCAGGAGGCAGAGGGGCAGCUCUACUGGGACGAUGGCGUGCGCAUCGAUGCUUACGAGGACGGUGCUUAUCUGCUGACCUCCUUUACUGCUCGUCAGAACACGUUGCAGAUCCGCGUUCAGCACCGCGGCUACGCCGACCCCAACGGGCUGCAGUUCGACACCAUCCAGGUGCUGGGGCAGAGCACGGCGGUGCAGCAGCUCGUCGUGAGGGAGAACGGAGCCCAGCUGCCAUCACAGCACAUCCUGAUGUACAACAGCGCAACGCAGGUCCUUUCAAUCACCCAGCUUGCACUGGAAUUAGGCAGAGAUUACACGUUGGAGUGGAGCUGAACCCGCGGGUAUCGCUGCGGUAGAACCCCACCAACCCUCCACCUUCCCCCCUCACGACCCCGAAUCCUCUCCCUGUUCUCAUUAUCUCGGAUUUGUGUAAUAUAUUUUAAUUGUGCAAAGUA